UGCACAGCUCGGGAGGGACAGGCUGCUGCUGCAGAGCCCGGGACUGGGAGCCAGGCAGCGCUGGACCUGUGGGCUAAAGACGAAAGGUGAAAUGUAAUCAACUGGGACAGCAUCAAGCCAAAAACAUACAAGAUGGUGUAUGGCGAAUUCUUCCAUAGGAAUCGGAAUGAGGAAGAACUUAUCAAACUUAAUGUGGGAGGUUUUAAACAGUCAGUGGAUCAGCGAACUCUUUUGAGGUUUCCUCACACCAGACUUGGAAAACUACUCCACUGUCAUUCAGAAGAAGCCAUAUUGGAACUGUGUGAUGAUUACAGUGUGGCAGAUAAGGAAUAUUACUUUGACAGAAACCCUUCUUUAUUUAGACACAUUUUGAAUUUCUACUACACUGGUAAACUUCAUGUAAUUGAGGAGUUAUGUGUUUUUUCAUUUUGCCAAGAAAUUGAAUACUGGGGCAUCAAUGAGCUCUUCAUUGACGCCUGCUGUAGUAACAAGUACCAAGAAAAGAAAGAUCUCAUAUCUGAGAAGGACUGGGAGCAGAAAAGUGAUGUCAUCAGUUUUGACUCAUCUUCUGAUGAGUCCUCAAUGUUUGAAAAAGAACUUGAGAUAUUUGAUACACUUAAAUUUGGGAACAUUAGAAAGAAAAUAUGGAUCAGACUGGAAAACCCUGGGUUCUCUUUAACAGCCAAACUUUUUGCCAUUACCUCUUUGAGUGUGGUCUUAACUUCAAUAGUAGCCAUGUGCAUUCACAGUAUGCCAGAAUUUCAAAAACUAGAUAUAAAUGACAGGGAAAUUGAAGAUCCCAUAUUAGCUGUUGUGGAAAUUAUUUGCAUUGUUUUUUUUACUACAGAAUUAGUUGUCCGGCUCGCUGUAGCUCCAUCUCAGACAAAAUUCUGGAAAAAUCCUAUGAACAUUAUUGACUUUGUUUCCAUUAUCCCAUUUUAUGCCACACUGAUUGUAGACACCAAUGAUGAGGAAAAUGAGGGAAUUGAAAACAUGGGGAAAGUUGUACAAAUCCUGAGGCUGAUGAGGAUAUUUCGUAUUCUAAAGCUUGCAAGACAUUCAGUUGGAUUACGAUCCCUUGGAGCCACUUUACGACACAGUUACCAAGAAGUUGGGCUGUUGCUUUUAUUUUUGGCUGUGGGAAUUUCAAUUUUUUCAGUCCUUGUUUAUUAUGUUGAAAAGGAUGAGGAGUUGUCAGAGUUGCACAGCAUUCCUAUGUGCUGGUGGUGGGCAACCAUCAGUAUGACUACUGUUGGCUAUGGAGAUACCCAUCCAGUUACAUUAUAUGGAAAACUUAUAGGGAGUGUUUGCAUAUUAUGUGGUAUAUUAGUUGUUGCUCUUCCAAUAACUAUUAUUUUUAACAAAUUUUCAAAGUACUAUCAGAAGCAAAAGGCAAUAGAUGCAAAUGGACGUAAUGAAGAUGAGCAGAAGGACAGAUUUAAUGAGCUACCGUAUUUCAAUAUACGAGAUAUAUAUGCAAAACGGAUGAAUUCUUUUAUAUCAAGUCUCUCUUCUGUAGGAAUCAUCGCAAGUAAUGAUUCAACGGAUGCUUCCAGCAUUCAAGAAUUGGAAGAUGCAUAUCCUGCAUCUCUAAAAUGACAAUCAUAUGGGUUCCUUUGUAUGCCAUUCAUUUUCUUUAAUCACUUUUUUAUUUGCUACCUCUGUUUCUGACCCUUUCAGAUUAUGGGCUAGAUUACAAGUGGCGUUCUAGUAAGUGCUUUCGCUAGAAGUAAGCUUUUUGCGCUUGCAUGUGUAUUACAAGUUAAAAGUAAAAGGUUUGCGUCUGAGCAAAACCUGAGGUGCUCUAACCAAAUAUUGCGACCGUGUUAACAUAUAAUCCCCAUAUAAAUCAAAGGAAACCGCAGAAGAAAAAUUCCUAGUUAUCACUCAAAGUUAUGUAUAUUUCACUAAUCAAUAUAUAUUAUUAAUCUUACAUCACGUUAUGUAAAUAUUAAAUAUUAAAUAUUUUUAAAAAAUUAAUAAUAAUCAUUAGAAAAUAUAGAUACUGUAAAAGAUUUAUAUAUAUAUAUAU